UAAUUUGCGUCUGUUGUAAUUAUAUAGUCCUUAUUCAAAAUUUAUCUCCAAGUUUUUAUUAUUUUUGUUCACAAAUCCAAAUUCCGAACUGUUGUACAACACGGUUUUACCGUGGCGCUGUUUAUAACGUGCUUGGUUUAAAUGGCCGGGCGGUACUCUCAGUUGCAGUGACGUCACGUUAGGUCCCCGCUGGAAGCUCCUCCCCCACUCACUCCCAGCCGAAGAUGGCGGACUACGAAAAUAAACGGGACGGAUCCGCCGAUACCGGUCGCUCUGCUGAUCCGGACGAGCCGGUGGUGAAGAAACCGAGAGUGAUGAACCCGUCCGGUGAUCCGGAGAAAAACGGAACCGUGUCGGCGAGCUCAGAGCCGGCGGGCAGCGAUGAGAGCGAUCAGGCCCCAUUAAAGCGCACUGAACCCGGGAGGACCGCCGAAGCCGAGCUCGAGCUCUCCGAGUCGACUCAUGAAGGCGUUCAUCCGAAUGGCUUUUCAUCACCUGAUCUUCAUCGUGAUGAUGAUGAUGAUGAUGAUGAGUGCUCAUCUCAUGCCAGCUCCAGUGACUGGACCCCUCAACCUCAGAUCGGUUCCUAUCGGUUUAUUCAGCAGCACAUCAUGAGAGGAACUGAUCCCAGGGCCAUUCUGAAAGAUCUGCUGCCCGAGACCGCCCUUCCACCCGAUCUGGAUGACAUGACGCUGUGGCAGAUCAUCAUCAACAUCUCUGAACCGCCCAAAAGAAAGAAACGCAAAGACAUCAACAGCUUAGAAGAGGUCGUCCGGCUUCUGAGCGAAAGCAAGAAGAUCCUGGUGCUCACUGGUGCUGGGGUUUCGGUUUCCUGCGGUAUUCCUGACUUUCGAUCGCGAGAUGGCAUUUACGCUCGACUGGCUGUGGACUUUCCAGACCUUCCCGAUCCUCAAGCGAUGUUCGACAUUGAUUAUUUCAGAAGAGACCCGAGGCCGUUUUUUAAAUUUGCUAAGGAGAUUUACCCAGGCCAGUUUCAGCCGUCUCCAUGUCACAGGUUCAUCUCAAUGCUGGAUAAGCAGGGAAGGUUGCUGAGAAACUACACGCAGAAUAUCGAUACACUGGAGCAGGUGGCGGGAAUCCAGAAAAUUAUUCAGUGUCACGGGUCUUUCGCCACAGCCUCUUGUCUGGUGUGUAAACAUAAAGCGGACUGUGAGGCCAUAAGAGAAGAUAUUUUCGAGCAGGUGGUUCCUCACUGUCCGAGGUGUCCGCCGGACAUCCCUUACGCCAUCAUGAAACCAGACAUCGUCUUCUUCGGCGAGAACCUUCCUGAAUUCUUCCACAGAGCCAUGAAGCAGGAUAAAGAUGAGGUGGACCUUCUCAUUGUGAUCGGCUCCUCGCUGAAAGUUCGGCCGGUUGCUCUCAUACCGAGCUCAAUCCCUCAUGAAGUGCCUCAGGUGUUGAUAAACCGCGAGCCGCUGCCGCACCUGAACUUUGAUGUGGAGCUGCUGGGAGACUGUGAUGUCAUCGUAAAUGAGCUCUGCCAUCGGCUGGGUGGAGACUUUGAGCAGCUGUGCUUCAACUCCUCGCGUCUCAGCGAGAUCCGAGAGAAACCGCCCGCCCCAUCACCCAGACCAGCGGAGCCGCCGCCAUCGUCAGCCGAGAGCACUUCCACGCAAGAGACCGACGACGCUGACUCCACUGAGGUCACCAGACCUGCUGACUGUCAAACUGCUGCGUCUCCUGAAACGAAUGACGAAACCAAGGAGACGUGUGGAAGAACGAAUCCUUCACCGGAGACGACCGACUCCAGCGGUGCUCUGAGCCUCCAGUCUGAGGGUUUAAAUACACAUCCUGCCAAGACCACAAGCCCUCGUGCUGACAGACCUGAAGAAGAAGAACCUGAGGAACACCAGCGGCUUGAGAUAUCCAGACGCUGCUGGAGAAGACGAAUCUGUCAGAGUCCCAUCAGCAAACGCCUCGGAGGCUCUCAAUAUUUGUUUCAAACGCCGAAUCGCUACAUUUUCCACGGGGCUGAAGUUUACUCCAGUUCAGAAGAUGAGACGUCCAGUUCAUGUGGCAGUGACAGUGAGAAUGAAGACAGUGACGUGGAGCAGAACACCACACCGCCCACCGAGAGCGAAGAGACUGUACAAGAAAAUGAACACAAAAGCCUUGAGACGGACAGCCCAACCAACACAACCCUACACAACAGCACAGCAGACACACAAUAACUGCUGCUGUUGUCUCUGUCAGACCUGUUAUGUUCGCUAAAGCAUGCUACCUUUCAUUCUGUUGGCCUUAUACACUUCUCUUUUAUUAUCAUCAGUCUGUUGGUAGUUUUAGAUGUUCUUCCAGUGUGCUUGUGGACACCGUGGAGUCAACCUUGCCAUGUACUCGCAAAGUUGGGAUACAAAGGGAAUGAUUUUCAGACCAAAGAUCGCUUAUUCCAUAUCUGUGAGGGUUUUUUGUCUUUCGUCGGAGCUGCUCGUUGCUUCUGUCCACCAUCUUCUUUAUCAAACUCUGGCAUUUUGAUUGGCAGCUACGUUCAGUCCAUUCAAACAGUUUUAUACCCUGUGACAUAGUCCUCUCAUAUAUGUCAUGGAUUUGUUUUUCCAUUUGUUUUUACAAGACAGAGGAUGACGUGCAUUAAGACUCUUGUUCUUGUUCUCAAGCACUUAGUGUCCUUUGUCACUUUGAUUGUUUCUACAGAAUGCCUUUUUCUGUUUUCACUGACUGGGCAUUAAAUCUUUAUGACACUGUCAACUUGAAAUAUCAACACGACUUUAUGCAGUUUGACUUCAUUUUCUCAAAGUUUCCUUGAAAAUGUUUGAAAAAUGUCAUUUUCACACCGCACGUUCUGUUUGUAUACAUGCAGAGAGGCGGGACAUCAGGUGUGACGACACAUUUCUGAGCUGUUAUCACACACGUACACACAUUUCUUUACUACUGUACAUAAAGAAUGCAGUUUUAUAUUAGAACGGCAGUGUGUGUAUACAUUAAUAAAAAAAGAAUCUCACAAUGAUCAAUUUAUAUAAUUAUCGUUGAGGACAGGUAUAAUCUUAUCCUAUUCAGUUUAGUUGGAUUGUAAAUGUACUUCACAUAACUCCUGUUUAACACCUUUAAACUUGUCAACGACUCCAGAAGAUGUGUUUUCAUGUCACACAUGUGAGAGUCAUUUCUUUUAAACAAGCAAUUUUAUCAGACUUCUAUGUUCAGUUCCAUUAAUACUAGAUAUUUCAGAACAGACAGAAUGUGUUAUUUAAUGGGUUUUGAUGCAAAAUUGUUUGAUCAACUGUGGAGAACGUUCACCCCCCUUUUGAGGGUUUUGCAUCUAAGCCUUCAUGUGAUGACAGAUAAUCUCUUAUUGAUCUUUAAACUGUUGUGAAUCUGACGGAGAGAACUACUAAAGUUCAAACCACAGAGAAUCGUUUGGUGGGAAUUAACUGUCGAUAAUAUAUAUUGAAAAACGGAUAUAGAAAAUCACCAGAAAUUAGUUUUGUAUUUCGAUUGUUACAUGUAAAGGUUUCACGAUAUUUUAAUGGAUACUUCAAAAAGUAAUAAAUAAUUGAUUCAUUUUUUAA